CUGUAACACCACGAGAGUUGCAAAACACAAGACGUGCGGGGACGGGAUGCGGAGGGCUCAAUGUCAUGGAGCUUUACCGGCGAACAGGCAGACAAGGGGCAACUUUAAAUCACUGAUAUUGUUAGAUUUAAUUAUAUAGGAUAGUCUGCAAUAAGGCAGUGGCCUCUUAAAGAGGUCCCCUCAAUCUCCCUCCUCCCUCUGUUGUCACUGAACCACCAUGACCACCCAGCUUUGUAGAGUGGUGGAGCUGAUGAUGCGCUCUGGUUGCUGCCAGACCAUCAGAAGUAGAUCCUGUUUGCGCAAGGUGCUGUUUGCCCCUGUGGCUCCCUCUGGCCUCUGUGUUCCCGGGGCUCCUGUGCUUCAUAGAAGAGCCUACAGCCUGGACUCUCUCUCCUCGGGUCCCGGUCGACCCUCACUUGGUCCAAGCUCCCAACAGCCCCGUGCAGAGAGGACAUCCCCGUCCUCAGCGCUCACGCAAAGGAACCUGUCUGCUGUGGCUGUACAGGGCCAGUGUCGUCCUCUGUGCCAUUAUGACUUCCUGGACCUUGGGGAGGUCGAGGAGAAUGUACGUCGUGCUCAGGCCUGUAAAAAAAUGAGACACUUCAUAGUGGACCCAGACCUGGCUAAACUGGUAACGCAUCACCUACGACCUGAUGAUGCUAAAGCUGUUAUCUUCGAAUGUAACCCAGGUCCCGGGGUGUUGACUAGGACACUGCUAAAUUCUGGCGCUCAGAGAGUUGUGGCUCUGGAAGGGGAUAGGUUCUUCCUAGGCAAUCUACAGGAGUUGGAAGGUCGUCUUGAUGGUCAGCUUGAAGUCGUUCAUUGUGACUACUUUAAAUUAGACCCCAUUGGCAGUGGAACCCUUAAACCUCCUGUCAUGUUCACUGACAAACUGUUCACUGACCUGGGAAUAUCAGAAGCCAGCUGGACUGAUGACAUCCCAGUGAAGGUGGUUGGUAUCUUGCCCCAGCGUAAUGAACGUGGCAUGCUGCUGAAGAUGGUUUACGCGUUGUUUGAACGGCUGUCUGUCUACAGAUACGGAAGAAUAGAGCUCAACCUAUUCAUAAGCGAGAAGGAAUACUUGAAACUGGUGUCACGUCCAGGUGAAAUGAUGCACUACAGAGCCUUCGGUGUCCUCUGGCAGAUGGCCUGUGAUAUCGAACUGCUGCACAAGGAGCCCUGGGAGUCAUUUGUAAUGUCUUCAAGACAGAUUGUACAUGGUCCCAAGGGCAGGCUUCCCAAUGACCACCUGUGCCUGGUGCGCCUGCGUCCACGGGCUGAUCUGUUCUCUGCAGGCCUCAAUCCUUCUAAUGCUUCAACUCUUCUGAUGAUGGUCAAACAGUGUCUGGCAAAGAGGAAGGUCAAGCUCAUCGACAGGCUAAAUCUCUGGUCCCCAGAUAGUGGGAGUAAGCUGUUAUCAGAGAUGGGCAUGCAGGAGGACAUACUGACAGGCCAUGUAUAUCCAGAGGAGUAUCUCCGACUGUUCCAACUGAUGGACAAGAGCCAGGAGUUUACACAGAGCUGGCUUUAUGAAGAGAUUCUGGAGAACACACAGAGGGAGGGUUGGGGCUAAAAUAUAGACAUACAGGCCAUGUGUAUAGUUUUAUAGAAAUUAAAUCCAAAAGUAAACAGAAAACGCAUAUGUAUAAUAUAAUGAUAAUGUUAUAUAAAUAAGAAUAAUAUAAUGUGUGAUAUAAUGAAAUAGGGACACAGAAGAUACAUAAAGAAAAGCAAAAAAGAAUAAUGUUUAUGCAGAAUAACUUGGCAUAAAACACUUCUGUACAGAGUGAAUGAAACGAUGAGAAUGUGACUUACUGUACUUUAGGGCAAUGGAGGAAUUGGACUUGGACAAAUGACCUUCUGUGUUGUCCUGAACUGGGAUUCCCACAAGAAAUUUUAAAACAAAAACUCAGUAACAGAAGUGGUUAAUUUUGGUGCUCUCAUUUGAGAUUUGUGUGAUUGCCAGUGGGAGGAAAAAAUGUGUUUCUGCAAUCAAAUGAUUUAACAUUUGAUUUGGUUGUUACAGAAUAAAGGUCUCUUUGUUAAAUGAUUAAUUAAAUCAUCGCUGUAUGCAGACAGCAGCAUGGGAAAGGAGGAGUUUCACAGAACACAACUCUCUGCAUGUAUCUUGUAUUGCAUAAUUUUCUGAACUGACAUCUUAAGGUAUAGCAGUGCAGGAAUAAGGGUUUUUGUAUAGCGCCAAGUCUUGUAUAUUUUUGUAUAAUUUUCAUUGUGAUUGCAUAAGCUUGUUUAAAUGUCAUGUUUAUGUAAUGUCUAAGCUGCGUGUUUUUGAAUAAAUCAUUAAAUCAGAAUUUUGAUUAAGAGUGCCAGGGAGAUUGAUUUAAGCCCUGUUUUAGUAAGUGCUUGCACAACCAGUGCUCUUAUAUGGAUGAGGCUGGGUUUGUUGGCCAGACUAAAACUGUCACUCUGCUUCCCUGGUUGCAAAAAUGGUGAUUAAUUAGGUUGUUCAUAGGCUUUUAAAAUAUUUGUUUUUGCAAUGCUGGAGUUAUCUUUUGGCAUGUCAUACAUGUAAAGCAAUACUACAUGUGCACGAGAUUGUGAAAUAAAUUAUUUUACCGUAAA